AAAGUACAUUUGUGAGCAGAGAAAACUACAACAACAUCACGUACAUAUAAAAAAAUGAAGAGUUAUUAGUACUGUAAAUGAUUUAAGUAGAUGACAUUGUAGUCAGUAGUGAGGAAGUGAAGAUCAACAGCUCGACACAGAUAUAAACAUCAACAUCUGAUCUUCUGUCAUGAACUUUAGAAAGAAAAAGAGUCUCUCUGGAGAAACAAACACAAUGAACAGUUUGAUUGAUAGAGAAUCUGCUGAAUCCAGCUGUGUGUCUAUGAAGAGUGAUCGAUCAAUGGAUAAUCCACCUGUGUUCAGUUCAGGAGACUCUAGUACAGAUGUGAGUAACACAACAGAUGAAUCAAAGUCCUUCAAAGGGAAGCAGCUGGAUUCAGUUUUUCAGAAACUUGAAGACAAAAUCAUCUCUCUAAUGAAGAAAGAGCUGCAGAUCUUCAAGAGACUACUGAGCUCAGAUUACCCAGCAUGCUCUGAGAGAGAGGAGGAGGAGGAUGAAGAUCAGAUCAGAGUCAGAGAUGAGCUUCUGAAGAUCACACUGCACGUCCUGAAGAAGAUGAACCAGACAAACCUCGCUGAUAAACUACAGACCAAACUUUUACCUUUGUGUGUGAAAAAACACAAAUCCAGACUAAAGGAGAAAUUCCAGAGAAUAAAUGAAGGAAUAUCAAGUCAAGGAAACUCAAGACUUGUGAAUGAGAUCUACACAGAGCUGUACAUCACAGAGGGAGGGAGUGAAGAACUCAAUAAUGAACAUGAGGUGAGACAGAUUGAGACAACAUCCAGAAGAUCAGAGACACAAGAAACACCAAUCAAAUGUAAUGACAUCUUUAAAGCUUUACCUGGACAAGACAAACACAUCAGAACUGUGCUGACUAAAGGAGUUGCUGGAAUUGGAAAAACCGUCUCUGUACAGAAGUUCAUUCUGGACUGGAGUGAAGGAAAAGCAAAUCAGGAUCUUCACUUCAUAUUUCCACUUCCAUUCAGAGAACUGAAUCUGAUGAAGAACACAAAUAUCAGUCUGAUGGAUCUUCUUCAUCAGUUCUUCAUAGAUACAAAAGAACUGACAUCAAGAGACUUUGAUGUCUAUAAAGUUGUGUUUAUCUUUGAUGGUCUGGAUGAGUGUCGACUUCCUCUAGAUUUCUCAAAGAAUCAGAGUUUGUUUGACGUAAGAGAAAAAGCUUCAGUGGAUGUGCUGUUGACAAACCUCAUCAAGGGGAAUCUGCUUCCUUCUGCUCUGAUCUGGAUAACAUCACGACCAGCAGCAGCCAAUCAGAUUCCUCCUGACUGUGUCCACCAGAUCACAGAUGUACGAGGAUUCAAUGAUCCUCAGAAGGACGAGUAUUUCAUCAAGAGAAUAAAUGAUGAGAGUUUGUCCAACAGAAUCAUCAAACACAUCAAAUCAUCCAGGAGUUUGUACAUCAUGUGUCACAUCCCAGUCUUCUGUUGGAUUACAGCCACUGUUCUAGAGAGAAUGUUGAGUGAAUCAGAGAGUCAAGCAGAGAUCCCCAAGACUCUCACUCAAAUGUUCACACACUUCCUGAUCUUUCAGACCAAACUGAAGAGUCAGAGGUAUGAUGGGAAACGUGAGGUAGAUCUUCAACAGAUUAGAAAGAGUCUUCUGUCACUGGGAAAACUGGCUUUUCAACAGCUGGAGAAAGGGAAUCUGAUCUUCUAUGAGGAGGAUCUGAGAGAGUGUGACAUUGAUGUCAGAGAAGCUUCAGUGUACUCAGGAGUUUGUACUCAGAUCUUCAGAGAGGAGUUUGGACUGAACCUGGGGAAGGUCUACAGCUUUGUGCAUCUGAGCAUUCAGGAGUUUCUCGCUGCUUUAUUUCAGUUUCUUUCAUUUUCUCAACAAACAUCAGAAUCAACUAUGAGUGAUUUACUGAAGAGUGAAGUGGACAAAGCCUUACAGAGUGAGAACGGACACCUGGACCUUUACCUCCGAUUCCUUCUGGGUCUCUCACUGAAGUCCAAUCAGAUGAUCUUACGAGAUCUACUGACACAGACAGGAAGAAGAUCUGACAGCAGACAGGAAAUAGUUGAGUACAUUAAGAUGAAGAUCAGAGAGAAUCAAUCUCCAGAGAAAUCCAUCAAUCUGUUUCACUGUCUGAAUGAACUGAAUGAUCAAUCUCUAGUGAAUGAGGUACAAACAUAUCUAAACAGAAAAGAUUACUGGUGUCUCUCUGGAGUCAAACUCUCUCCCUCUCAGUGGUCGGCUGUUGUGUUUGUGUUACUGAACUCAGAUCAGAAGCUGGAUGAGUUUAAACUAACAAAAUAUAAUCCAUCAGAUGAAUGUCUUCAGAGGCUGCUGCCAGUGAUCAAAGCAUCCAGAAAAGCUGAUCUGAAGAGAUGUAAUCUGACAGAGAAAAGUUGUACAUCAUUGAGUUCAGUUCUCAUCUCAAACUCCUCAAGUCUGACAGAACUGAACCUGAGUUACAAUAAACUGCAGGAUUCAGGAGUGAAGCUUCUCUCUGAUGGACUGAAGAAUACAAACUGUGAACUGAAGAUAUUAAAUGUAAGAGACUCAACAGUGACUGUCAGUCCAUGA